CCACCGGAUCCGGAACUACCCGGACCCUUUCUCCCCCAGGACGGGAGGGGGAGCGGAAAUACCUCCAACCCGGAGGCGUUAGACCGUGCGCUUCCGGCGGCGGCGGAUCCUGUGAUUUCAGGGCAGUCUGGGGAGUGAGUACUGUAAAGUACAAGACACUAGGUUUGCGGAGUCAGGUCCAAUCGAGGUGUUUGACAUUAAUCUGGAACAAAGGCAAUGUGCUUUGUGUCAGCAGCAGCUGACUGAGGGAAACAUGCCGUAUCUGCAUGGAUUCCGCCGCAUCAUCUUCGAGUACCAGGCAUUGGUUGAUGAAAUCCUCAAGGUUGUGGAGUUAGAGGAAGCCAGAAGAGAGCCAGGCACUGGAAACCCAGGAAGUGCGGGAGCUGAGGCUGGAGCAGAAUCAUUAACUUUGCUGGAAUUGCUGGAGAGAGAGUCCGGAUCAGCCUUCUACCAGGAAGCUGUUAGUUACUCGCUGCUGAAAGUGUCUGAGGCUGGGCUGGUCACUGCUGCUGAGAAGCUGCUGCUGCGUGGAGCUGACCUCAACUUCGAAGAUCCUGUCACGUAUUACACACCUCUGCAUGUAGCAGUCCUACAUAACCAGCCUGAUGUGGUGGAACUGCUGGUCCGGCAUGGAGCAGACGUCAACAAGAGGGACCGAGUUCACAGCAGCAGCCCGUUGGACCUGGCGAGUGAAGAGGUCGAACGUUUACCGUGUCUACAACGUCUCCUGGACCUUGGUGCGAAUGUAAAUGGGGUCGACAAGACUGGGAAAUCCGCCUUGCUACAUGCACUGGCCAGCAGUGACGGAGUUCAGGUGCUCAACACUGACAACAUCAAGCUGCUUCUGGAGAGGGGUGCGGAUGUGAAGGCGAGUAUGAUGGACGGUGACAACAUCUUCACGUUUAUUAUCUUUCUGCUGGGGGAGACGGAGGGUCGAGAUGAGGAGGAGGCUGAGACCCUCAGAAACUUCUGCCUACAGACCACCAAGCUCUUACUCGCUCACUCUGCUGAACCUGACACCUGUCAGCCUGAGGAUUCCCUCACCUAUACCUGCAUUGAGCAGUUUGAAGUUCACAUUCCCCUUAUCCAGCUUCUCUUGGAGGCUGGUGCAGGCAGCCACUGCCCUGAGCACGGUCCCAGCUGCUGGUCGGGGUUCAGCCUGCUGUUUGACAGGCUCGCUGUGUUAUUGAAUGGCCCGGAGUCUGUCCUGCCGCACUCUGAAGCUUUACGCCGGGCUGACCGAACCUUGGAGCUGAUGCUGGGCAGCGUCUCUCAGCCCUGGCUCCCUCCAGGCUGGGAGAUUCAACCCUCGGCCUACUCCAGCUACGCAGACCAGGUGAUGUCACUGGCCAGGCCCCUGACACUGCGCCAGGGUUCUCCCGCCUCCCUGAAGCACCUGUGUAGGUUAGAGAUCCGGCAGCAGCUGCGCCCUGUUCCUCUGGACACCAAGGUGAAGUCCUUACCCCUACCUGAUCGCCUGAAGUGGUUCUUGUUGAUGGAAAACAACAAAGCAGACGAUGAGGAGCCAAUGCAGCGUUAACCUCUAACAGCACCUUGUCAUAAUUUGAAGACUGACUGGACUCGAAGGUUGGAGAUGCCUCUUUUUUUUAAAUUGACUUUAAAACUGGGUCUGGAGAGGCUGCUGUUCGAAACACAACCCAAUUUGACUGCUUGAACUCAAUACCAGGCCCAUGAACUCUCUCGUGGAUCAGCUAGAAGUGGCACUCCUGUCCCCUGGUGUGUGUGUGUGUGUGUGUGUGAGAGAGAGAGAGCGAGAGCGGUUGUGCAAGUUCUGUCUGCAAGGUGUGAGGGUGACGUUUACCGGCUGUUGGUCACUGGAGGGAAGAGGGGGGAGGGGGAGUGGGAUAUGGGUGUAUUGCUCUGGUUGGGGGGUGUUUGGUCUAGCUGGGCUCUGCCACUGUUGCCCAGUGACUGAUUGGAACCUCAGCCUGAAUGUGAGCCAUGUGUGAAUCUGAGCUGACCGUGGGGGGUGAGUUUAAUCACAGGCCUGUCUGGGCAGGUCUGUGAGGAAUGAUUCCUGUCAAAUUGCCAAUUCCACUGUCUGUCUUGUGUGUCUCUCGUCACUGUUCAGAUGAUGGUGAACAGACAAUGCAUUCAGUUUUGAGAGGACAGCGCUCUGAUCCCCCCUCAGUGGGUCCACACUGACACAGCAGCAGCAGGUACUGACAGAGUACUGUGUCCUCACAAACUGCUGCCGUUGGUUGAGACUUUAAGCCAAGGCGCCUGUCACCAGCACCUAAUUCAAACGAGGGACUGGCCAAGGGAGAGAGAAGCUGGUGACUGAGUGAGAAUAAGGACAGUUGUGUGGAAUAGUGCAGCCUGACCACAGAGAGGCUGCCCUCGCUUUAACCUUUCAAAUACUGACAAACACUCACCGUGCCUCCAGAGGACAAGCUACUCCUGGGUGACAGACUUGAUUUGAUUUCCCAACGCUGCUGCCUGCAGCUCAGCACAUGGUUGUAAGGUCUGCUUGGUGUCUACAACACAACACAGACUCAGUGCCUCCAGAACACUGGCCAUUCAGUGUUGUAGUAGGUGCUGCAGAGCCCUACAGGCACAGGACCCAGUGUUCAGUCCCCACUUGUGGGUGGGGUGGGUGGGGUGGGGGGGCGGAGGGAGGGGAGAGGUGUGUGUGUGAUGUGGUGGUCGUCCCUGGUUAGGGCCGCGGAAGGUUGGUCAGCGUGCCUCUGCUAUUGAUGCUGACAGGGAGGCUUUAUCUGUUUAGAUUAGCCCAAGGUGUGCUGGCCUCAAUAGCUGGUUAUGGAGCACUAGCGAGGACAGUAAAUGAUGAAUCAUUAUUACCUUCUUCAGCUUGAGGUAGAGAAUCAAACAAAAUAUUUCGCUGAACAGGAUUGAUUGUUCAAACUGAAAUGCAAAACUUAAUUUGAUUUUUACAGUUACACACCAUUAUUUACAAUGAAAAUUGUCCCGUUUGAAGAUGAGACAUUCAAAUGGUCAUGCAAUUUUCCGUCAGGUCACUGAAGCUGGGAGGGCAAGGAAGCAACUUUUAGAAAAUAAAACCUUUAUUCUGCC